AUGCCCGUGCCGCCGACCGCAGAGGAGUGGGAGAGCUACCGGCCGCUCAUUGCGGAGCUGUAUACCCGCCGGACGCUCAAGGACAUCAGGGCGCAGCUCAAGGACGUUCAUGGAUUCCACGCGACGGACGACGGGCUAGAGACCCGCUCCACGACUUGCAUCGGCACGCCGCAGUCGUUCCCACCAACGCCAGCGACAACACUGGGGUACAGGUCGCCCAACGUAUACGACCCGGGGGACGCGAGCGGGGACCCGGAGGUGCUGUGUAAGGAGAUUGUGAACUUUGCCAUCUCGAUCCUGUCGAACCUAGUUCCUGGACGACCCCCUGGCACCGGCUUCGAGGACUGGACGCCGACGGACGACCAUCUCGCGAUAUACCGGACACUGCAGGACAAGCUCAAGUACGAGAGCCAGAUCAGGGGAUGCUUCGUAAACAACCCGUUGUCGGCGUCCAUCCCCGAUUUGAGGCGGGACGUCAAACUCCUACUCGACAACUUCCAUGAGGCGGUGCCGAUCGGCAUAUUGAGCACCAUCAACCAGUCGCUGGACCACCAUGCCAUCCAGCAACUGGCGAGCUGUCUCGCGACAUCGUCCCUAGAGAUGCCGAGACCGAACUACGACUUCAUCCGUCUGGCACACAGUCUCCGACAUCUCCUGGCCAUGACGACGUUUGAGAGCUUCCAAGGGCUGAUGGACCGCAUCUGCGAGGAGCUCGAGGGGAAAGUGAGAAAAGUGCUCGGACAACGGAGCUUUGUGACGGUCUUCCUGGUGUUCCUCCUCAACUCCAAGAAGGCGAAGAGCAAACAGCAGCUAGAUAACCAGAUCCUGAGCAUGGCGAUGGGGAGAAUGUCACACGUCAAGGCCUGUUACGGACACGACGCUUUGCUGGUCGUGCAGUUCAGCCAAUUCAUCAUCGGCUACCGUAACCUCGCCAAGCCGGAGGGACAGUUCGACAAAGACGUCCUCGACAUGGCGGAGGAGUGCUACAACCGCUCCGAGCAACACCUGAGAGAGCAAGAAGAGACCCGGGCGGCCAGCUACGCCGCCAUCACGGACGCCAAGUCGCACCACGGGAAAAGCUGCUCCCUGCUGGCGGACUGCCGGUAUUCCCAGGGCAACGAAUACGCCGCGCAUCGCGCGGAGCUGCACGACUGGUCCCGCAGGCUGCUGCUGAUGGCGAUCGGGUGCCACGUCGACGGCCCGAUGGGCACCCUUCCGCAUUACGAGCGACAGAAGCAGAAGCUGGAGAGCUGGUGUCACGAGGCGGGCGACACUGCGAGGCUGCGGCAGCUCAAGGAUAUCGAAGAGCUCAUCCGGGGCAACGAAGAGCGCCCGAGGGACGGGCCUCUGCUCCCGAGGCUGCAGGCGCUGGUGUCUGAGCCACCCGGGCAGGGGUUAGGGUCGCAGAUCGGAACCGAAAAGGGACAACUCGUCGACGGGAAACCCGAUCGGUGA